AUGGUGGCACGAAAAGCUAUUCGUUUACACCUAAAUAUUAGCAAAACUAAUCCUAUUAAUGGUCAUUUGUUAACAUUGAUUGAGAAAUCUCCAAUUGCAAAGCUAACCACGCUUUACAUGUUGGCGAAAGAUGAUAGAGACUAUAUGAUUAAAAAGGAUGAAAAACGAAAAUGCAAGAGGGUUGAACCUCUUACACUGAAACAACAACAAAAUCAGACGAUUGGAAUUUUGAAAAAACAAGCAAUGGAAGAAUGGCAAGAAAUGUAUUGGAACAGCAGUAAGGAUCUGUGGUAUCAUAAUAUCACAGUGGAGUCGAAAUGUACUGAUAAUCUUUCCAAAAUGGUUACGGGAGUGAUCAUGAAGAAAGAUAGUCGAAGGAUCUUGAGUAAUAUUACUCAGUUUCGCACAGGCCAUGGCAACUUUGGCGCAUGGUUUAAAAAGUUUGGAAUUGAAAAGGAUAGUUACAACUGCAAAUGUGGAGAGCUGGAAACAGUUCAUCACAUUUUAGUUGAGUGUCCUUUGCUUGAAGAGGAAAGAAAAGGACUGAAACGGAUAUCUCCAGAGAUGGACAUGUCGACUCUCUUAAACAGUUUAACUGGCUUACAAGAGAUUGCGUCCGACUCAAGUGUUUACUUCACUGAAAGCGGUGUUUUCGGAUCUCGUUAG